AUGGCGUAUUUCAAAGGGAACACAGAUUGUGCUUGGGUACAAUAUGGUAAGGUCAAGGAAAAAUUGGUACAGCUUCGCGCCUUUUCUUGGGUGAAACCUCCAGGGCAAGCUGUGAAACUCAAUACUAAUGCAAGUGUCGUAAGCGGGCGUGCUAGUAGUGGAGGGGUAGUGCGUUCGGCUGAGGGUGAUUUAGUGUUUGCCUUUUAUAAGGAGUUUGGAGAUCAAGAUGUUCUCUCUGCAGAAGCAUUGGCAUUGCUGAAGGGCCUACGUUCUUGCCAGGACAACAAUCUCUUGGGAUUCGUAGCGGAAGUGGAUUCUAGUACUUUAGUGAGUGUCGUGUCCUCCAAGUUGUCAUCUCGCUGGCCAUUAUGCAAUAUUAUUAGGCAUAUUCAAUUCUUGGUGGGGAAUUUAGGAGUAUCUUUGGUUCACACGUACGGAGAAUCAAAUGCGGUUGCAGAUGCUUUGGCCGUCUUGAACCUACGAUCAGAUGUCCGGUUCUCAAGUGAUGUAGCUCUCCCUUCUAAAGUUCAGUCACUUUUACAGUUAGAUAAGUUGUCCACUCCGUAUGUGAGAUUAUGUACGGUUUCAGGUUAG